AUGCCUCCUCAUGAGGAUCGCCCUGCUGAGACGAGGCUUGGGGGCCCCCCUGAGGGGUCUCGACCUUCGUUUUCCUCUGUUGUCUCACAGUCCCUCGCUCCGCCUGUGGUUCAAAUUGAGUUGAAGAAGCCCGCAUCUUUUUAUGGGGUUCCGGUAGUGUUCUUCUCCAAAGAAGAGGUGGCUCUCUCGGAACGUGCUUUCACUUCUCUGAUCGCUAAGUGCAGCUACGGGCGUCCCACUCUUUUCGUCAUCAAGGAGUUCUUGCAGAAGAGAUUUUUUCUUCAAGGCGACGUGGUGGUCUUGGUGUUGGAUCGGCGACAUGUUCUGCUGCAUUUCUUGAUCGCCUUUGAUUUUGUCAAAACCUGGUUGAAGGAGCAGGCCCAUAUCCAGGGCUAUCUGCUACGUUUUAUGAGGUGGACGUCGAAUUUCACCCCAGGCUGGGAGUCUCCGCUUUCGCCGGUGUGGGUCUCGAUGCCUGGAUUGCCGGUUAACUUCUAUCAGGGUAAUUUCCUGGCUUCCAUUACAGGCUCGAUUGGCAGGGUGCUCAAAGUGGAUGGUGCGACGGUAAGCUGCACUCGCACCGUGGCAGCGGGGGUAUGUGUCGAAGUGGACUUGAGGGCCUCCCUCCCCUCGCAAGUUUGGGUUGGUUGUGGCUCGGGCGGGUUUCAUCAGAAGAUUGUGUUUGAAAGGUUGCCCGCAUACUGCUGCAUCUGCUCGAAGAUUGGCCAUGAUAAAGAGGUUUGCAGGAAGGCUCUAAAGACAUCGUCAAAGUUCUCUGGCCAUGCUCCGCAGGGGGUACCAAAGGAGUUCAGGGGUCUGCUCCUUGCGAGGGGGUGGUUAUUGCGAUAA